GCAUCGCAGCCCCAGCCGCAGCCAGCGCAGGCGCAGACGAUCGUGCACCGCGCGACGCAGUAUGUGCACUACAACCCGCACCCGCAGCAGCAGCAGCAGCAACAACAGCAACAACAGCAUGCCCCGGUGUACCCACACGCGCACCCGCAGACCGUCUCGCCGCACGACACGCUGCAGCACCUCGCGCACCAGCCCGCGUACGGGGGCACCGCGGGGAUGGGCGUGCUCGUGCCCACGGCGACGGCGACGGCGACGGCGACGUCGAAGCAGCCGGUCGUCGCGACGGGGAACUGGAGCCGGGACCUCGUGCAGCAGGCGAAGACCGCCGAGCUCAAGAAACACGCGUUGACGCUGCAGCUGCACACGGCGCACAUCCUCUCUGCGCACGCGUCGUACGAGCAGAAGACGAAGACGAUGGAGGAGAUCACGGAGCAGAAGAACCGACUCGAGAGCGAACGCCUGCGGCUCAUCGAAUCGCUCAGCAAGAUCACGGACGACCGCAACCAAGCGGACAUGCUGCUCUCCUCGCUGACGCGCGAGACCGCCGCGCUGCGCACGAAGCUCGGCGCGCUGACGACCGCGGAGAGCGAGUACGUGCGCACGAAGGCAGAUGUCGACCGGCUGCGCGUCGAGCUCGGGCAGUCGCCGCUCCCGGGGCUCGCAGAGACGCUGCGCGAGCGCGGGAUGGGCGUCGGCGCGCUGGGCGAUGC